AUGAGACUCCACUACAAUAUAAGUGGUGGGUGCACCACAGAUGACCUAUGGUGGAUCUGGUGGUUUGGUAGGUCAAAUGGUGAGCAUUUAUGGCAUGAAGCACAACAAGUCAGUCUUACCAUCUUGCUACUAGCUGUCAUGUUCAAGCUGAGCAUCUUGCUAAGGUUAAAGGAAAAGGCUCUGGUGUUUCCACUAGGGAUGGACAAGAUUCUGCUACGCUAUUUUAUUUGCUCGGUGACCUUGGAAGUUCUCAAGGAUGGAUGGAUGGGGGAGCAUCAUCUGAGCCUGGAGGUGGAGGUAGAAGGUGCAAUACUGGAGGCCAAGCUACUGAAAGAUAUGUUGCAUUUUAAUGCUAUUUCAGUUAAAGAGGGAAGGAAUGAGCAAGAAAAAAAGGUCAUUGAAAAGUCUCUUGGGAAGUUUGUUAAUGAAAGGAAAGAUACACUACUAAGGGACAAAGGUUUGCCUCUUGAAGCCAAUGUUUAUAGUUGCUGGAAGAAUUCACAAAGGCACAACAAUAUUUUUGUUGAAGCCAAGUGGAGAAAAUGUUUCUUGUGA